GAGCUGCGUCUGCAGCACCUCGUGUUUUACCUGAGCCUGACCACUGGAUGCUGCUGAAGUCUGUCUCCUAUCGCUUUAACGGGACGGGCGGUGACGCUGGGACGGGGAACACGGAGGCGAGAGAGAGAGAGAGAGAGAGAGAGAGAGCGGGCUGCUGCAGCUGGACCAACUCCCGAGCGGGACCAGAACAUCCCAGCAGCGGCCUACGCAGCCUGUCUCCCCCGAACCGGACCGGAGCCGCCAUGAGACACUACACGGCCACGCCGAGCCACGACGGCGCCUGCACGCCCUGCUGCCAAGUUUGCGUCUUCUUCCUCACCGCAUUCCUCCUCGUUGCGGAGAGGACGGCGCUGAUCUACUGCUUUGUCUACUACCUGUGGGUCGGCCACAACUACUGCUACGCGCACCUCGCCGGCUUCACCGCGCUGUUCCUGCUGCCAGGCUGGGGCCCCCAGUGGCUCAGCUACCUGUGGUACCUCUCCGACGGACGCAUCCGCCGCAAGUCGCUCACCUGGACUCACGUACUGCACCUGGGCAUCUUUAAAAGGCUGUGGGAGUGCAUGCGCCUGCCGGACGAGGACGCCCACAGCGAGAUCAUGCAGCAGGCCGACGCGUCGGCCCUGCGGCUGCUGGAGGCGCUGGUGGUGACCCUCCCCGAGACGCUGCUGCAGACCUACGUGCUGAUCUGCACGGACAUAGGCGUCAAAUCCCCAGCCUCCGUGUGCUUCGCCGUGUGCCUGCUGUCGCUCGCCUGGGCCCUGGUCCUCUACGCCCGCGCCUGCUCGCUCAUCCGACCGGGACACCUGCAGAUGACGCCGGCGGCCGUUCUGUGCCGCCUGCUGUGGAGGGUCAGCAUGCUGGGCUCCAGGUUCGCCGUUCUCAUGCUCUUCACGCGGAUCUUCAAACAGUGGGUGCUGGGAGUCAUUGGUGUUCACUGGCUGGGUGCGACCUUCUGGAUGGUGUCCCAGCAGACCGACAUCAUACGCUCCACCAAUCGGUGGAGGCUCUUCAACCUCGUCCUGGGCGCCGUUCACAUCUUCCUCUUCCUCAACGUGAAGUGCGGCCCGUCGCGGUACCGCAUGGCUGGGUUCUACCUGGUCAUGUUUUUAGAGAACGCUCUCCUGCUUCUUGCUUCCUCCUGGUUGUUCACCAUGGUGUCCUGGGACACUGUGGGCAUCCCAGCUGCAGUGUUCUGCAGCUUCCUCAUCGGAGUCAUAUCGUUGGUGCUGUACUACCGCUUCCUCCAUCCCAAAUCCUUCGAGAUCUUCCAGAGCAUCCGUCACCGGGGCAUAGGCGGGGCCUGCACCGAGCGAGGCUCCACCCUGUCGUUGGAGGAGAAAGUCACGCCCACCUUCCAUCGCCACGCAACUCUGUCUGGGGGCGGGACCCUCAUGGAUCUCCCAAUCCAGUGGGAGGGAUGGAAGCAUCACCACUGGCUGCUGAUCUGCUUGGCCCUGAAGACCGGGGACGUGACGAGGAUCUGGUCGGCGUACGGCGAAGGGGGCCUGGCUGGGCUGAUGGGCCUGUCGGAGGAGUUCCACUCCCCCGAUGAACCUUACGUCCCGCGGAUCCAACCUGUUCGACCUCAGGUUCCUCAGAGCUCACAGCCAACUCCUCAGCCGGCUCCACCGCCGGCCGCCCAGGCUCCACAGGCGAGAGAAGAGGCCCAGCCACCGAAGCCUGCUCCCACCUGUGCCGUUGCCAGACCCGUGAGGAGGGCUCCUCCCACAACAAUACAGGAUAUGAGAAGGUUUCCAGAGAUCAUCCCAGUCCAGGAGGUCAUUCCUGAGGAGACAGCGGAGGACGAGUCCAGCGCUGCAGCUUCAGAAAAAGGCGAUGACGACUUUCAGAGCGCUGCCUACGGCUCGCCCACGCCCUCGUCGCCGCGGCAACCGGGGAGCCUCCGCCACAUCGACAGCCAGGCGGCGAGCCUCACCGAGGCCUCGUCCUCCGUGGGCUCCCUGGACAUCAAGACCCCCGGCUGGUCGCCCGAGCGCCGCUCCCCUCUCCUGCUGGGCUCCCCAGAGAAGAAGACGGGCUUCCCCGGAGAGUCCAGCACCACUCUGUACUUCAGCGCCGACGCACACUCUCCGUCCAGCGGGAGCUACCUGGGCUGGGGCUCGGAGCUGUCGCCCAUCUCCACCUACCGGAGCCCCUACCGCAUCCGGGAGGCUCGCUUCAUCACGUCCACCCCGCGGCUGGAGCCUCGGGCCGGGGCCGAGAGUCCCGGCCCGGCGCCGGUGGUUGUGACCCCGGCCACUCCAGGUACGACACCGGGCACCACUCCGGGCGGAACCCCCGGAACCUCCACUCCGGCUGCUUCAACUCCUGGCGCAUCGACCCCUGCUGCGGCUGCUACUCCCGUCAAUCCUGUGAUUGCCCUCACGCCCGUCAUCUCCCACGCGCGCAAACAGAUGGUCCAGUUUGUGGACAGUAGAGAGAGAGCAGUGUAGGGAGAGAGCGGUAGUUAAAAGAAGAUCCUGGAAUAAAAUAUAUUGGAGUAAUAUUCAUUUUCAUUUUCCCCAUAUGUGCAGUUCCAGAUGUGAGUUCUGUUUCUAACACUGGUUCCUUUGCUGAGGGUCAGAGCAGCUGAUGGACCUGCUCACGUGUUAUUGGUCUUCUUCCUUCCAAACCAUCAGGGUGAGUGUUAUUAAACCAAUUGGGCUAAAAGUUGGAAAAAAUAUGUUUUAGGAGAAAUAGAAUAACUUUCCACUUAAUAAUCCAUAGAGGAAUAAAGUCAAAGGUUAAUGUUAGUCAUUCAAAAGAAAACUGGCAGAUUUUACAGGUGCAGAUAACACAUAAACAUGUAGACGUAAUUUUCUAUCUUUAGUAACAAACCAGGUAACGUAAAAUAAAAAAGAUUGAAAAAAUCACAUCAUUUUUCUAAAUGAAUCAAAUAAUUACAGCGGUUUACAGUAAACAGUUGUCUCUUGUCAAACCACUCACUAAUGUUUUAAGUGAAAACAAUGUCUUUGUAAAUAAGACCUGAGCGUCUUCAUUCAGUCACUCGUCCACAUGUUCCUACUGUACAUUACGCUGCUGGUGUUAAAGACCACGGCCACGUUUCAUGCAAACGGCUCAGUCAGUUAUUAUGUCUCUUAGUGAAGCCUUGAGAGAAAACACCUGAUGAUUCUAUUUCCUUUCACUCAGUGCUUCACAGCAGUAAACGAUAAAGCUGAGGUUGAAUGUUCACCACCUGCCAGUUUGCACCUGGAUCCCAAUGUGAAAAGUUAGAUUAAAGGGAUUUGAGCUGAUAUUAUUAACACUAUAUGCAUUUUAUUUUAUUUGGUUGUAGUUUUAGUUUAAUUUAAUAAUCUGAUACAUAUAAAUUAAUAUCUAACGUAUCUUAGUGAAAAAUGUUUAAAAAGGCUUUGAAUUUAAGACUUAGACUAUUUACAUAUACGCAGUAUUUUUUUCUGACAAUAUAAAAUACCUUGGUGAUGUUUUGGCCCAAGCAGAGGAAACAUAAAACCAAAUAAUAGAAAUAAAGAAGAGAAAAUAUACUUUUUGGUUUUAAAGGGAGAUGGAUGUAAGAUGAGCUCUAAGGAUUCUAUUACAGUAAGAAGCCUUUGAAUGUUUCAAUUUUAAAGCUUUGCCAUCUUCUUUUAGAUCAUUUAGCAUCAGUUUGAUUUACUGUCACUUACAACGUAAAAGUAAAUCAAAUCUAGCUGUGUGAUUAUGUCUGAAUCCAGCUGCUUUUUAAAUUGACAGCAUCAGGGCUCAGUUCUCUUCCUGUAGAGGUUGUAGCAACAAAUGACCAGUGGCUGUAAACGUUCCAAACUGUGACUUGUCACAUGUAUUUGCUUGUCCUGUAGAGUGUCGUAGAGCAGCUUAUAUAACUUUAUGAUUUACCCACUAUACAAACAUGUCUUCUCAUUAGUUUGCACUUCCUACCUCAGUAAACUCUCUUUCUAUACAACAAAGUUGAUUUUAUCUUAUUAUCUUAUCUUAUUUUUAUUACAAUAAUAAUCUUGGUGACAGAGUUUUUGUUUUGAAAAAUAAAAGCCUUUUUUUUACUAAUGUCACUAUAAGAUAAAAGGAAAGUCGAGUUUUCAGAAUCAGAACGAUGCACUGCUAUACUGAAGGACUUAUGGAACCAUUAAUGCCAGUAUGAUGUCAUGUUACGAACAUGUUUCCUUUCACUUCUGUAGUUGUAAAGUGUCCCUGAGAGCUCAACACAAAAAAACACAUGCAAAUAACUCAAAUUGUAAAAGGAAGGGAAUAGUCACCAUGUUCCAGUCAUAUUUGUAUUUCCCUGGAAACAUUUUGUUUCUUUUCAUUUCUAUAUUUGCAGCUUUUUGUGUUUUGUUGUGUUUCUUCGGGCUCCCGGGGCUGCUGUACAAAUGUGUGUGUGACUUAUGAGUCUUCCACGUACACUUUGCUUGUAAUUUGCCAUUUUUUAAAGUCAUAUAUUUGUUUCUAAGCAAAAUGAUUACUGUGAAGUGAGAAGUAUGCGUAUUCGUGAAGCACUUAAAGUAAAGGACGCCUUGGCAGAACCGCUGUAUCCAACCAUGUCCUGCAGCCUGAUAGAUGCAUGCUCCUCAUUAAUAGAACAGCCAGACAAAUGUACUUAUUCUCACCUGCUGUAACAAAGCACACAUCUCUACAGUAGCUAACGCACAUGCUACAGUGUAGGCGUAGCAGCAAUAAGCCAGCAAAUGAAAUGUAUAUUAGUGCGCAGAUGUAACGAUGCCUUGGCCUAAUCAUGACUCAGCGCUUUCCCCUGUGCAACCGCAGCUUCCUGCAUAGUAACACGCUUUGCUUUGUGCUGAAGUGUAUUACAAUACAGUAUUUACUUGUAUGGGUUGAUUUUGUAUUUUUUAAAAUGCUCUUUUAUAUUUGCUCACAGUGAUUUCACAGGUAUGAAACAUGUAGAGAGCCGGUACAGUGUUUGGAAUAGUUUCCGUGUCACAUUCUUUGUUGUUGUUGAUGGACUGUUUGCUCAUUGACCCUCACGUUGUCACUGGACGGCGUCCAUGUAUCGACACACGUAACCUCAUCUGCGUUGAUUUCCACAGAGCAGCUGUGAUUGUUGGUAGUAGAGUCAGUAACUGUGCUCUUGGUGUGACAAAAUAAAGUCAUUCAUCAGUCAUGAUCAAA